UAUUCGUACGGAUUAGUCAUUUUCAGCACUUGGCAACCCGUGUCAACAACUGCCGAACUUUGCGCCGUAUGAUCUGUACAAAUUUCCCCUUUUUGCUCGCUUUUUAGUGAUUUAGACUGCAGAAAUGGCUGUUCCAAGGCAAGAAGAGGCACAGGAAUAUCUAGAAAAGCAGAGAUUAAUGGAACUAUUCGACAACAUCACAGCUCAGCUUGUUUUUCAUCGGCCAGAUAACCCCAAGGCCUUCAUGAUUGACUACAUGGAGAAGCUCAAGGAGGCCAGAACCACACAGCUGGACUUUCCCUGUCUGUUUGAUGAAUCCAACAUAGAGUCCGUCUUUGGGAUGCUGGACCCUACCAAAAAGGGAUUCAUUACCCUGGACCAGUACAAACAAGCAAUUGAAACCCUUGGUUGCGGGAGUGCAGAUCCGGAACCUGCCGGAGCAGACAUCGACAGAAUCACACAAGAGUCAUUCACAAGAGAAGUAAAAGUUGCCUUAAAGAAAGCCUCAGCGACCUUUGACCAAGCGUAAGCCGAGAGAAAGUUGUAGCACGGGAAUGUUUCCAGAUGCUUCAUGCUUCACAUAAGCAAUGCUUCCAUGGUUAAGUUGUCAAGAGCAUAAUUCAUUUACGAAUGCGUUACAUCCCCCAAAAUCAGAGGGACAGGAUUGUAUAUGUACAAUAGCGUUGCAGUAGUAAAUGGAAGUGGAUAAAUUGACAGCCUGAUAUGGUAAGGCCUGAAAAGAAGUGGAAAAUGCUUGGACCAUUUGUAGUGGUUAUUUUUCGUUAAUUUUAAUUCAGUAACAAUAAAAGUGUGAAAGGUUUACUUGUCAGGGUUUCUAGCACUUCCUGAAAACAAUAUUCACUGAGUUUUCCCUAAUACAGGGUGAGUAAAAAA